GACAUGCCUGAAUGCAUAUCAUGCUGUCUUGGAGAAGCACAGGAUGCUUGCUCAGCAGAUUUCUUGUUCAGAAUCAGAAUACAAUAAAAUUUGCGACAUCCUUGGCGAGCAAGAACUCAAGAAGAGCAGAAUCAAGUCUGUCUCUUCAUUAGAAGAAAGGAAAGAGAUAAUGAUGAUCAAUCUAAGAAGCAUGAAGAACGAAAAGGAUGGAAGAACUAGUAAGCUCAAGGAUCUCAUGUCAAAAGCCUUGGAUUUGUGGAACAUCUUGGGUGUGACAUGCCCUGAACAGAGGACCUACAAGUCUAGGAUGAACAAUCUCAGUUCAUUCCUUCAACAGGCUAAUAGCCUGUCAUCCAAAUCGCUUGAGAAGCUUGCAAAGAUUGUUAAGGAGCUUGAAUGUAAGAAAGUGAAGCAACUUGAAGCAAUGAAAGCGGAUAUUCUUAGACGUGCAAAGAUCUUUAUAAGAAGGACCGAAGGCAGCACCAAUUUUGCCAGCCUAAAAGAUUUGAUAAGCACGGCUGUUGCAUGGGAGGCACAACAGAGGGAUGCCAUUCUGUAUGAACAGGAAAACCUGGUGGCUCGCUUAAAAAUGGUGGAAAAUGAUAUGCGGAUGUUCGACUUUGAUUCCACAGCUGAGAGAGAAGACAAGAGAGAUACUCACAUGGGAACGUCAAGCUCAUCCAGUGAGACUACCAAGUCUGACCCCAAAGACAGUGACUACAUGCCUGAGAGUUCGGAAUCGGAUGUAGACAUGAGAGACUUUGUGGUCUCCGAGUCUUCUGAUUCGGUCUCUUCAUGAGGGAUGUGAUGCUUUGAUGUGGCGGCAGAGCUAGGUGCAAUCAGGGUAGUCACUUGCUACUGCUCGCUCAGGCUAUGAACAAUCAUGGACCAGACGCCUCUAGGUAUGUGAUGCCUAUCGAGGACAUGAAAGUGUGGGCAAGGCUAUGGUUUUCUAGUUGCGCUAUCCAAGCUUGCAAGCGUGAUGCAAAUAGAGCUGCACAUGCAGUGGCUAGGUUGGGAUAUUCUUGUGAUGUAAAUCCUGCCUUCCUGUGGGAGGAUGAUGUUCCAGCUGUAGCUGCAAACGUUGUGGUGGGCGAGAUGCCCAUUUUGCCUGCAGGCUAUACAUAUGCCCUUUCUCUAAGAUUGAUUGCACUGUCCAGCGGCAAUAUUUUCGCUGAUGAA